GGUGCCUUCCUCACCUUCCAGAAGGACGCCGACCAGAUCUACCCAGGAUGGAAGGAGAAGCUCGGCUACACCGGCGAGUCCUCGCUGCAGGCUGCCAGCUUCGACUGGGCAAAGAAGGCCUCGGCCGCGGCCUUCGUCGGCGCCAGCGUGGCCUCUGCCAAGAAGGAGAGCAGCGUCGCACGCAAGGCCCUGGACCAGUCCAGCCGAUAUGCGGACCUCUCCCUCGACGAGGCCACCCUGAUCAAGAAUGGCAAGCAUGUGUUGGUGGCGUACAUCAUGAAGCCGAAGGCGGGCUACGACUACCUGUUGAACGGGAACGUCCUUGCCGACUUGGAGUUCAGCAACGACAUCGGCUACCUGCCGGACGGCACACCCCUUAACAGGGCUGGGAACGCCAUCAACCACCCAGAGAACAUUGGUCCUGACAGCCAUGCACCUGGCUCGCCUUUGCCCCGUGCCAACUUCGUGAACUCCGUAGGCUAUCUUCCUGAUGGCACCCCACUCAACAGGGCCGGCAACGCCAUCAACCACCCGGAGAACAUCGGCCCCGACAUGCACACACCUGGCUCGCCCCUGCCUGCCUCCAGCUACAAGGCGGACAUUGGCUACCUGGUGGAUGGCACUGAUUUGGCCACGGCCGGCAACCUCUCCGUCCAGGGUGGCGCCGCGCCUGCUGCUGCACCAGCAGCGGCACCGGCCCCUGUGGUUGCAGCAGCUUUCGUCGGCUCCUCCGCAGCAGCUCCCUCGAAGGUCAGGCAUGCCGGCAACUUCGCGUAUGGUUUCCAGAGAGAUUCCUGGUCGGACUUGGAAUUCAGCAACGACAUCGGCUACCUGCCGGACGGCACCCCUCUGAACAAGGCCGGCAACGCCAUCAACCAUCCGGAGAACAUUCAGCCGGACAGCCAUGCUCCGGGAUCUCCCUUGCCUUCCGCCAUCUUCGUGAACGACGUUGGCUACCUGCCAGAUGGCACUCCGCUCAACAGGGCCGGCAAUGCCAUCAACCACCCGGAGAACAUCGGCCCCGACAUGCACACACCUGGCUCGCCCCUGCCUGCCUCCACCUACGCGCAGGACGUGGGCUACCUGGUGGAUGGAACUCCUAUGGAGAACGCUGGCAACCUCUCCGUCCAGUGA